UGCUGUUAUUCUAAACAAAAAUACAAAUGGUAGCACCUUAAGCGAAAGUUAAAACUAGAAUAAGAUGACAACGGCUUAAUGUGCCUUUCCGCAGAAGCUAGUGAUUAUUGUAGAGAAUUUCAUCUCUUUAGCUGCAGCUAUUUUAAUACAAAAUGUUCGGGAGCUUGAGAGAUAAACUACAAAAUGUGCAGGAAGGUAUUUCUGCAAGCUUUCGAAUUCUAUCCGUGAGUGAUUCAUCUCCUCGAAAACCAAAGUCGCCGUCUACCCAAAAGGUCAAUUUUAAUGCUGGUGCUGAACUCUUGGACAAAUACCAAACAGACUGGAAAGAGAUUCAUGACGCAGCAGAAGAUAAUGCCAGAAAAGCAGACCUGGUGGAUCAAAUGAUCGACUCGCUGCACCAAAAUGUCAAAAAGCAGUGGACUGACAUUGGCAAUCUGAGUUCUUCUGUAAAUGAGGUUCCUCAUCUCAUUUAUAAGGUUCAAGAGCUCAUUGAGGAAAUUAAUACUCUUAAGAAUACAUGUGAAGAGGUGCAGCAUUCCCUGUUGGAGUUGGAAGAUUUGGUGGAGACUCAGGUCUUGCGUGAAGAGCAACUUGAUCACAGAUUCCAGCUUGCCAUGUACAAAGAGAAAAAACUUGCCGAAUUUGAAGAAUUUAGAAAAAAUUUAGAGAAAGAGCACAGCGAAAAGCUGAGGAAAUACGAGGAACACCAAACGAGCAUACUUCAUGAGCGACAAGAAGCAUUUGGCAAAGUUUUCUCUGAGGAAAUGGACGAGUUUAAAAAAUCUGGCCACAUUCCUAAACUAGAAAUUCGCGGGCAUUUUGAUAAAGAAAUUUCGCUGGAAGAAGUGGACCUUGAAGCCGACAAGUCUGCCCUUGACGAGUUCCUCCAAGAUGUUGACAAUGAUAGUGAUAGCAACAUUGACUUCCAGAUCGAGGCAGACUCAACCAAAUAGCUUUUAAAAUUCUCUUGUCUUUUCAUUGUUAAAAACAAUAUAUUUUAUUCAAAAGCCUAA